AAAUUACUUGAACUGGUAGUUCCAUCCCUAACACCACUUUCCAUAAGUUUUUGUUUUCAUUACAAAUUUCACAAUUUUGACAAAUAUUCGGUAAAAGGAUGCCCAAGGAGAAGUUAAAAUCCAGGAGAAGGAGUCGCAGUCGCGACAGGGACGAGACCACGCGAUACAAGGAGCGGGAAAGGGGGAGAGAACGCGACAGGGACCGAGAUUCUCGCAAGGAAAAAGAGAAAGAGCGCGAGCGUCGCAAGGACAAAAGAAGGGAUAACGAAAAGAGCACCAAACAUAGCAGCCGCAAACGACGGUCCUCCUCUUCUUCGUCCUCCGAAGGUAGCCCACCGAAAUCUCCACUCGCCACAAGCUCAAUGAAAUUGCUUCAGACCCUGGAGGCGCGCCGCCUUAAGGAGCAGCAGGAGCGCCAGCAAAAGAAGGAGGAGCUCAAGGCCCAGGAGACACCGGAGGAGAAGCGCGCCCGUCGCCUCCGCGAAAAGCAAGCCAAGGAGCAGCGGCGACGCCAGCGAAUGGGCUGGGACAACGAGUACCAAACAUAUUCCAACGAGGACAAUCCGUUUGGCGACUCCAAUCUCACCUCGACCUUUCACUGGGGCAAGAAGCUAGAGGUAGAGGGCCUCUCCAAUCUUUCCACCAAAACGGUGGAGGUGCUAUCUCUGCAAAAGCAACUGGAAAACCGUCGGGAACUCGAGAAGGUGAAGAAGCGGCGGCAGGAACGGGAGCUGGAACGACAGGUGCGCGAGGACGAUCUCAUGCAGCAGCAGCGAGCCAAGGAGGCUGUCCAGUUCAGAGAGUGGCAGCGCCAGGAAGACCAGUUUCAUCUUGAGCAGGCCCGUCUGCGCAGCGAAAUCCGCAUACGCGACGGCCGGGCGAAGCCCAUCGAUCUGCUGGCCCAAUACGUGGCCGCUGGCAAUGCUCCCCUGGAGGAAUCUCUCGAGAUGCAAAUGCACGAGCCGUAUAUGCUCCUCAGCGGGUUGCCCAUGGAUGAGCUCGAGGAUCUCCUGGUGGACAUCAAGGUCUACGAGGAGCUGGAGCAGGGCAAGCACAUUGAUUUCUGGAACGACAUGAUCACCAUCGUGCAGGACGAGCUGCAGAAGCAGCAGAAGAAGCAAGCCGAGAACAACUCUAUGAACCAGAGGCGAGACGGCAUCCACCAGAGCGUCGUGAAGGAUGUGGCGGACAUAUUCCGGGGCAAGAACACCCAGCAGCUGGACGAGAUGCGGCAGCGCAUCGAGGCCAAGAUCAGUGGGCGAGGGGAUGGCGUGGAUAUCAGUUACUGGGAGAGUCUGCUAUCCCAACUGAAGGCUCACAUGUCCCGGGCGCGUCUUCGGGACCGUCACCAGGCACUGCUUCGCGAGAAACUCCUGCUGCUGAAAAAGGAAAACGAGGACGAAGCCGCCCAAGAGGAAUUGGCUUUGCGCAUCAAGAAGGAGGAAGAGCAGGAGCAGGAUCUGGCUCAGCAGCAAAACGAUGCGGAAGGUAGGGAUGACGAGGAAGGCGCUGAGGACGAGGACGAUGACCCUCUGCGGGAAAUCCGUGAUGCAGUGAAUCGCUAUCACGCCGGAAGCUACAGUCCGCGUUACAUACGCGAAGAGGACUUCACGGGCCGUCGGCUACAAACGGAGGAAGACGAGGAUGAGCAGGCCGAUGGCGUUCUCUACGACGAGGAUGACGACGAACGGAGAAUCCAAACGCAGAGGCAGCAUGUACUGCAUCCCGAGCGGGCCGAGACCAACCAGUUGACGGCCCAGGAAGUCAAGAUGCGGAACGAGGCCCGCCAGGGCAUGCAGGGUGACGAGGCGGAGUUCAGUGUGGAGACCACACUGGAUGCAGUGCCGCAGCUGGCCACCGACAAGUACCGGCCGCGAAAGCCGCGCUACUUCAACCGUGUGCACACCGGCUUCGAGUGGAACAAGUACAACCAGACGCACUACGACAUGGACAACCCGCCACCCAAGAUUGUCCAGGGCUACAAGUUCAACAUCUUCUACCCGGAUCUAAUGGAUAAGUCGCAGACACCGCAGUAUUUCCUAACGCCCUGCCCCGACAACGGCGACUUUGCUGUCCUGCGCUUCCACACGGGUCCUCCCUACGAGGACAUUGCCUUCAAGAUUGUCAACCGCGAGUGGGAGUUCAGCUACAAGCGGGGAUUCCGCUGCCAGUUCCACAACAACAUCUUCCAGUUGUGGUUCCACUUCAAGCGAUAUCGCUACAGGAGGUGAAGGACAUGCGCCUCCUGCCCGCAAUUCGAAAUGGAAAUCCGGAUGGAUUAUCUUUAUCUAUUAUCUCUUUUUUUUUGUAAACAUUUUGUUGUCCG